GUGUUUGCCCACAAUUACACAUUGAAGUUUUUCAAGCCAGCGGUGCUAAUGUGUUGUAGAUGUUGCUGGACCCCACUGGAGGCAUCGUCAUGACCAACGAUGGAAAUGCCAUCCUCAGAGAGAUCCAGGUGCAACAUCCUGCAGCUAAAACCAUGAUUGAGAUCAGCCGCACUCAAGAUGAAGAAGUGGGAGACGGGACCACCUCUGUCAUCAUCCUGGCGGGAGAGAUGCUGGCGGUGGCAGAGCAGUUCCUGGAGCAGCAGAUGCAUCCUACAGUCAUCAUCAGCGCCUACAGGCGAGCAUUGGAUGACAUGUUGGCCACGCUGAAGGAGCUCAGCGUCCCCGUGGACACGGCGGACCGCUCCAUGAUGCUGAAGAUCGUGCACUCGGCCAUCAACACCAAAGCCCUGAGCCGCUGGUCGCAGCUGGCGUGCGGCAUGGCGCUGGACGCCGUGGUCACCGUGCAGACGGACGACAACGGCCGCAGGGAGAUUGACAUCAAGAAGUACGCCAAAGUGGAGAAGGUCCCAGGCGGCUUCAUCGAGGACUCGUGUGUGCUAAGAGGUGUGAUGGUCAACAAGGACGUGACGCAUCCACGCAUGAGACGCUCCAUCAAAGAACCACGCAUCAUCCUUCUGGACUGUUCUCUGGAGUACAAGAAGGGCGAGAGUCAGACGGACAUCGAGAUCAGCAAGGAGGAGGACUUUGCCAGGAUCCUGCAGAUGGAGGAGGACUACAUCCAGCAGAUGUGUGAGGACAUCAUCCGACUCAAACCGGACCUCCUCUUCACGGAGAAAGGCAUCUCAGACCUGGCUCAGCACUACCUGAUGAAGGCCAACAUCAGCGCCAUUCGCCGUGUGAGGAAGACGGACAACAACCGCAUCGCCAGGGCGUGUGGCGCUCGCAUCGCCAGCCGCACCGACGAGCUGCGAGAGGAAGAUGUGGGCUCGGGGGCGGGGCUCUUUGAGGUGAAGAAGAUCGGGGACGAGUACUUCACCUUCAUCACGGAGUGUAAGGAUCCCAAGGCCUGCACCAUCCUUCUGAGAGGCGCCAGCAAGGAGAUCCUGGCCGAGGUGGAGAGGAACCUGCAGGACGCCAUGCAGGUGUGUCGUAACGUGAUGGUGGAGCCCUUCCUGCUGCCCGGCGGCGGCGCCGUGGAGAUGGCGGUGUCCAAGCGCCUGACGGAGCGCUCACGUGCCCUGGUGGGUGUGGAGCAGUGGCCCUACCGUGCGGUGGCCCAGGCCCUGGAGGUCAUCCCUCGCACCCUCAUCCAAAACUGUGGGGCUUCCACCAUCCGUGUGCUGACCUCACUCAGGGCCAAGCACACUCAGCAGGACAGCACCGUGUGGGGCGUGGACGGGGAGACCGGCACCCUGACCGACAUGGCGGCCGCAGGCAUCUGGGACACCCUGGCUGUCAAAGCACAGACCUUGAAGACGGCGAUGGAGACGGCCAUCUUGCUGCUGCGCAUCGAUGACAUCGUGUCAGGCCACAAGAAGAAGGACAAGGAGCAGGCCAUGGGUGGACCUGGUGCUGAGUAAAUAAAGUCACAACUCCUGGAUCCUCUUUCCUGUUGUUACAUCACCUUUUUUUUUACCUGAAAUGUGUUGUCAUGGCGACAUGGGCUGCCAGCUCGAGUGUCUUGAGGGAAUGAUUUGGGCUUAACUGACUGAAAAAUAUUAAACUCAGCUACAAAAGAUCA